AUACCGGACGGCUAUGGUUUCACUGGACGAUUUCACUGCGAUUUACUGCUUCGACUGUUCGACGAAUUUUUGGAAUUUUUUCGGUGUAUGUGUAGACCUUACGACAGUGCUGUUGGUCAAUAACGAGAACAAUGGACGCAGCGACUAUUUGGGCCACUAUGCUAGCGUGCGCCCUGAAGUUGGCUUACUGACUUCAACUGCGCGCACCUUCAUACAGGAGGGCGUAACCACCGAGUACGCCACGCAAGUGGUGGGCACCAUACUGGACAAUGGGCGUUUGUAUGCGCAGUACCUUAAGAAGAGUUCACGCGUGCUUUACGACAAUGGCCAGCAGCAGCCACAUCAAACUGCCGUGUUACCCACAGCCAUUACCAGCUGGGUGGGCGAUAAUUUGGAGUUGCAAACGAAAUCACUGUUGGAGAGCCACAAUGAUCUGUUUAACGCCGAUCAGCCGGAUUGGCAAGACAUCGAUGAUCGUUUGCUAAUCGAUGGCAGUGCUUUUGUUGGCAACACGGAUUUCGUUGGUUUAAGCGAAGGGAGAAAAAAACAGCAAAAUUCAAUCUCCACUGCUUAUCCGACAUUUCCUUCCACCCACAUCACUACAAACUUUAGUAGUAGCAGCAGUAAUGGUAGUAGUAGCAGUGGUCGCAACGGUACGCGAAAUUGGCAUGCCGAUGUUCCCUUGCACAAAGCGAGCCGAACAGGACAGCUGGAGGAGAAUGCGCGCGAAUUGGAAGCGAACAAGGUUCUCCCUAUCGCCGACUUGCCCACGUACACAGUGCGCAAUCACUUCUCGCCGAGUGGUUUCUCAACAGAAAUGAACUUAAAUCAGGUACAUUUGCCCCAGCAUCCGGUAAGUGGUGGUACUGGCGAAUCCUCGCAUAUAUACAAAAAAUUUGGCAACAAUGAGUUGAUACUCAAUCGCUCGCCAAAGCUCUAUUACCAACAGCUGAUGGGUGCUAACGGUGGCAUUAGUAGGGCUUUCAAAGCCGCACCGGCAGAAGCCUUUUUAAAUCGGCAGCUGUCGACCACCACUUAUUAUGGAUUCGCGGACUUUACGACUAUUGUUGGCGACAGUGUGAUUGUCUUCUCGCCCAGCACCUCCACUGAGAACCUGAACUUGGGCCAUGUGACGUCGAUAAAAGGCGAGGCGACUUUGGACGCCAUUGGUGACAUUAACAAGCCUCAGGUGUCUACAGUCGCUAUAACAGUGGCUAUAGCACCAACGCUAGCUGUCAACACACAGUUGCUAUCAACAAUGCAUAUAGCUGAUCCGAAUAAGUUUACUGAAAAUAGCAUCAACCUUGAGGCCGGAGCUGCCUUGAUGCCAUCACAAAUACCAGAAGAAAUUACGUCACAUGAAGUGGCAUACAGUGCGGAAGAGAAAGCGACAGCAUCGGUUGCAGAUAUGGUGAAAAGUAACGCACCCAGUAGCAUUCAGUUUGGCGGAACUGAAGCGGAUAGUAAAUUGAACAUUGGCGAAAGCCACCUCACUACCAACAUGCAGACGCUUGCGACAUACUCGCGUCCAUCUGAUCAAGAAGUUUUGGAAAUAUACGCCUCACUGUCACGCGCAGAGGCAUCACGCAAAUCGGCCACUACAGCAGCAGCUGCACAUUUAGAUGUAAAAAUUAUUACUGAGCAGCUAGUUGAUGAAAGCAAAGCUAUCUAUAUGAUGGAAGCCACUUUGCAAAGCAGUGAGCCGCGCAGCACUGAAGCUGCCACGCCUAAUGCAGCGGUGGAUAUUGCUCAGCCCAGUACCAGUUCUUCCGGGAAGAUGUUAGGUGGUGCAACCACAAUAUUCUUCGAGGACGACCCUUUUGCCAACUUCGUGGAGCCCACAACUACCGCCGAAAGUGCAAAAUUAGACUCCGGUGCCACCAUAAUGGAAACCACGGAUGUUUCGGAGCAAGAUACGUCGCAAAUUGGUUACGAAACAACAACAACCAGCAGUGAUACAACCAAAGAGGAGUACGAAGACGUGGAUGAAACAAUCACCAUCGAACCACCAAAAAUUAUUACUUUCCCGAAUAAUACUAAACAAAGCAUGGAGGGAGAAGCAGAACGGGAUACUGCAUCAGCGCAGGAAGCAGAGGCGCAACCUGCAGACAAAAAUGUGCCAGCCGUUCAAGUAAAGCCAACGUCCAAAGUCAGCGUAUUGGAGAUCAACACCGACGACGAUGUGGCGGUUAUAGAUGAUUGCACAAGAACUUCCCAAGUUUUUCUUACACAAAUUGCCCAAACAGUAACCAAAUCAAGCGCUCUGUAUGAGAAGGGCGAUGACGGCGAAAUGGCCAAACCCGGGACGCCACUGCCGCCAACCUUUGACAUUUUUGAAACAACCAAGUAUUAUUGCAUAAAACCUGAGGCAACAAUAGUAGUAACAGCAACCAGGGGCCCAACUGACAGUUUUACUAUAGAGGAGGAGGAGGAGAAACGAACGCAAGUGCAGAAGCCACAGGCACAGGAUGCUAAUGCAGCGGAAGUUACCGAAAAUUCCGUGAACGCCACGAAUGCGGUUUCCGCGCCUAAAGCAAGCACAGUAAUCGAAACUACCAGCGAUGCACCUAAUGAGAGCGAAACAACAUCAAGCGCUGCUCAAAGCGAAAUAGAAAAUGAGGAGGAUGCAAAUAACGAUGCCGAUAUGGACGUCGACACUGAAUUAGAAGACGCAGUCUAUUCGACUGAAGAGGAGUCAGGAGAAGAGAUUGAGCUAAUUUAUAAGACGCUCUACACGACGUACACAUACUUGACCACCUUCUUUAAUGACGACAGCAAAACCAGUAUCUCAAGCCACACGGAAGUGCUCACCAACGUUGUGACAUCGACUUUGGAUUUGGGAGCCAAAGAAAUAGAGCCAACCGCCAUAAACCGGCAGACAACGGCAGGCACCUUGCGGGCAGAAGAUGGAGCCAAAAUGCAGCCACAGCAGGAAGACUCUGCAGGCACUUCGAAAUUUAUACUGCCCACUGAGUUGGAGAGUAUUUUGCGGGAAGGAGAGCAUACCAGGGAAAGCAGCGCCAAUGACUACAAUACGAUCAACGAAAAAUCUGAGCAAGCGACCACGUUUUUGGAUGACAAUAAACUACUCAAGACAUACUUUACCACCUACACGUAUUACACGACCAUAUUUGUAGACGGUGAGACGGAGCUCAUGUCUAGAACGGAGGUUUACACAAACUUCGUUACAGACUCCAUAGCGGCCACAGCCGUGCUCGAAUGGAGUAAGUCGGCACACGCACCGGAAGUUAGUAUUGCGAAGGAGAUUGGGGAAGGAAGCAAUUUAAAUAAAGUCAAUGAAACCAGCGAAGGCACUGCCAACGACCAUCAACUAUUGAGCUACAGCACCAUGAUACGCGGGCAUGCCACCUCCGCAUACAAAAGCCAUCCAGAGCCAGAUCUUAGUAACUAUACAUCCGUCAUGCUGGUGACUGACGUGCGUUCGAGCAGCUCGAACGGUGACCAUCACAUCAUCAAUCAAAAACAAGGCUCCUUCGUAGACGACCAAAUAAGCUCGGAAAGUAAUACCGAUGAAAUAAGACCGUCAGCCACUUUACUGCUGCAGACAAGCUUCACCACUUUCACCUACUACACGACAAUGUACAACAACGAUGCGACAAAUGUCAUAAGCCGCUUGGAGACGAUUACUAAUCUAGUCACCGAGACAUUGCAGGCAAGUAAAACCGAAAGUGUUGAGGAAGCUAUGCUGCCCAUUACAUAUUUCACCACAUUUACAUACUGGACCAAGCUCGCAAAGAAUGGCGAAAUCACGACGCUCAGCCGGGAGGAGACAAUCUCCAACAUUGUCACACCGACCACUCUUACACCUAUGGGCGCUUCGAUUGCGCCCAGCAUCUUGCUGCAAGACACAAAUUCAAGAGCUGAAGCCGUAAAUUCAGCGAACGAUGAGGUGGUACAAAUUGCCAGCGACACGCCUACUCCGUCGAUUAGUGUGCCAACAAAUGAGCUGCAUGUGGUCGAAGUAAACAAAACCAGAGUGUUUGAGCCCACGACCUACUACACAACUUACACGUAUUAUACCACUUCAUACGAUGGGGACAGAGCGAUAACAGAUUCUCGGUUCGAAACAAUAACAAAUUUGGUGACGCCUUCUAUAAUUAUUUCGGCUGCAACCCCAGCAGUUGAGGGGGUUGGUACUGCCACCAGCGAUAAUAGCGCGCCAAAUGAGGGAGAGGGUGCUAAUGACGGCAUUACACCUGCGCUUUUAAAAGAUACUCCUUUGCUGCUUUACGAUUACAAAAAGAUUAUUGACUCGGACGGUAUUAGUACACUUCACUUCACCACGGAGAUAUUAUCCACAAUCGCUGCCGAUGGCUCGCCGUCCGAGUUCAUUAGCAGCACAUCGAGUUUGUAUAUUGACGAAGUCAAGAAAGCGCUGCUGCCGAGCACUAACGGAGUAACGGUGAAUGUGGAUGGCAGCACUGCGCGCCAGUAUAAAACGGGGUUGGUACGACUGAUAGAGGGCACACGCAUCGGCAACCGCACAACCACCCUAUAUCAGUCCAAAGUUAUAGGCACAUUUAUAGAGAACCGUUAUGCUCAAAUUAUUGAGAGCACGUCUAGUUUUAUUUUUGAAACAAAGAAAUUGAAUGGCAAUAAUAUCGCCACUGGUGUGUCUAUUGGACCAACUCUUACAAUGAGGUCAUCUCCAGAGAUAGAAGCCACAAAAAUAGCAACUCUGGAUAUACCAGCGGUCCGCACAAGUAUUGCGGACACUGGCUCGGAAGAGAGCGCCACUGAUUUGCCCACAGAUGGUGAGGACGCUAAAGAAGAUGAUGAGGACGAGGAUGGUGACGAUAACAAAGCCCGUUUGCCCUUCCAAUCGAAGAAACGUACUUUUACGCCAGUAAUACGGCCAUUUGCUUCGCGAAAUCGACCGCAGUUUGCACCUAAGAAGAAGAACGGUGCACCAAGUAGCGCUACAAUUAUAACACGCCUUGAUUUCACACCAACUAUAACUGCUACACCUGCGAUAAAAUCCAGCGGUCGUUUUAGCACGAGAAAAGGCGGAAUUUAUAGCAGCCCUGUAUCAUCAGGCACUUUUAUUGCUGCCACUGGUUCGUCGUCUCGUCGAUCCUUCGGCAGACCUAUCAAGCCCUCACAGGUAGCUGGCAAUGGUGCUGGGCUGAAUUCCCCCGCAUUAGCGUCCACUAGUGGGUUUGGAGGUGGUAGAAAUAGACUUUCGCCUUCCACUCGUCCAACGCUGCAGUCCUCUACACGUCGCGCAGGUGUUUUGAUACGGCCUUCAUCUCCUGGUAGCUUCCGACCAGGUUUCUCAACUCCCUAUGCUGGAAGUUCACGCGGACGCAUUAAGCCAACAGGUUUGGGGUUGCUUGGCCAACAAAAUACCCCAGCGGAAGGCAUAACUACUUCAUCGCCAGAUACAAGCGGCGAAGAAGAGUCGACUACACUGCAGCCAGAUGAAGGCGAAAAUGAAGAGACCUCUGCAGAUGUCACACGCCGAAGUCAAAACCCAUUGUUGCGUUUUCGCAGACCAAUAAAUCGCCCAGCUGGUUUUACGCCGGCCAAUCAGCGUACCAGCAGUUCUAGCGGUGGCGCAAUCUCGCCUCGGCGCAAUCCUUUGACAGCUCGUGCUAGAUCGGAAACUACUACGCCCACCACUACAACGACAACACCCCAACCGCGGCCACGCAGCUUUCAACGACCACAAAUCGGAAAUAUACCAGGCAAACCACGCCCACAAAACAGUCUCUUUCCGCCACGGGGACUGCUCCAAAAGCAAACAAAUCAAGAUGCCAACGAAGCCAAAGAAAGUAAAAAAGAUGAAAUCACUGAAGGAAACGUAGAUGGAGAUGAUGAUUCGGAGUACGACGAUGAAGACGAAGAAGAUAACGAAGAUGAUGCCUAUGGUGAGAACAAUCGGCGUCGUCGCUCUAGUACCAAACAAUCUAAAUCGUCGACUAAGUCAGUGGCUUUAAAAUCUCAAAAAAUCUACAAAAACUCAAAGCCUUUUACAAAAUCUGAGCGCUCGUUACGUGUACGCCGUGAAACCACUACCUCUUUGCAAAGGCGCAGUAAUUUUCGUAACAGAUUCCGUCGCCCGAAGCUUACAUCCACUGCCGAGGAACGCAAUUUCACUGAGGACGUCGAACCAGAAACCUCCCCACCACCCACCACAACAGCAACGCGUCCACGGACCAACGGCCGUUUUGCUUCACGCUUCACGGGACACCACAGUACGCAAGCAGCCACAACCACAACAGCAAGCACAUCAAGCCAUCGUACUAUAAGACCCACGCGACCCACAAAUGGGCGCGCACAGUUCACAUUGCGAGAAAAAGACACCACCACAACGCAGAAAGUUCUGACGCGCCCUGGCACUAAUAAUUUCCGUCGACCACAAACUGCGGCUUCUUCCCGACGUACACCACCGCCAUCGGCUGGAAACAGUCGGCGUUUAAAAUCUUACAACAACAAUUUGUCACAGGACACAUCCUCCCGCAGUCCAUCGGCGAGGGGACGCAACAACUUAAGUCGUACGCGCACAACAGUGCGUGGACGCAGCCGAAAUGACUACAAUGCCGAUACGGUUGAGAUACCAUAUGACGGCACAAUCACCGUCACGCACGUCAUACCAGCUGAAGUCACGAUCCCAGUCGUCAAUGGCAAGUUAACAGAAUACAAAAAUGUUGUCACGGCAAAGACGAGCACCGAAGUGUUGGGUCCGCAGCAAUACACCAGUUUUGUCGGCGGCAACGGCCAGACUAUGUUGGCGUUGACCCGCGAAGACUCCAGCAUAAAUUUCGGUGGUGCUACUGAGAUUACACAGUUUGUUCUGCACGAGUCACCGACAACUACUGUCAUCUUCACACCAACAACAAUACGUGGACGCAAAACAUCGUUUUCGCAUGUCAUACCAUCGACGGUUUAUUCAGUGGAAAAUGUCGUUUCCACAUCACAGCCUCAAAUAUCUGCGAAUGCACCCUUGGCCAACAUCUUACUAUCACAACUGCUGCUCGGCAAUAUUGGUCUCCCGGCGGCGAACCCCUUGCUUGGCGCAUUUGGUGCGGCAGUGACACCAGCAGCGAAUCAAUUGGCGGUGGGUGCACCGGGCACCCCAGCAACGCCCGUUACUGAAUACCGCACACAUACUUCCACCUACGUGACCACAGUUUUCGAGGGCAUGUCCACCAUACUGCCGGUGACAUUCCAGGGUAAAAAGAUACUUACCACCGUCUACGAUACAACCGCACAAACAAUAACAGCCACAGAAUUUGUCACCGACACCAUUGUGACCACACCGACGCCACAACCCCUCGUAGCACAGGUACCGCAGGUCAACAGCUUGCUGUUGCAACAACUGCUGUUACAGCAGCAACUGCAGCCGCAAAUCGAGACACAGCAACCGAUACUACAUUCGGCGGCCCCGCAGCUGCUGCUGACAGACAACCUACAGGAUCUGGACACAAACAAUAUACGAUCGUCUAACGAUAAUGAUAACGACAUACCCGUCGUCGAAGAGAAUCAGUCGAACAAAGUGGUCCGAAAGAAGUCACGCAAAUCGGGUAAGUCACACAAGCGGAAACACCAGUCAGUACCGGAGGAAGCGCCGGAUGGCUCUAGCGUCAUUACCCUGUAUGUCUCAGGGCGACGUCCAGGUGAAUUCAGUACUAUUUUGAGCACAGUGCCCUUGGGAUACGAGUCAACUCUGCAUAAGCGCCAAGCGCCUGGCGUCGUGAAACAAUCUGCCAGAAUUGAUUCCGUUAAUGAUUUUUACUUGACGGAUGGUAGUGAGAUUGUGGCGGAAUACAUAUUACCAGAAGAGCUGAAAGAAGCAAACGCGGUGCCUCAAAUCGACUUGAAUAUGCUCGAGAGCGGCGAAAAUCACCUGCUUGACCAAACGCAAUCAUUAGAGAGUAUUGUCGGCGACGUGGGUACUUGGCUCGCUAAAAGCACGCAAUUACAUGACGGUCAAACAGCGCGUAAACUGCUAGCCACCAGUGCACUGCAGAGAGAGGCACUUCAACAUGUCGAAAGUCGUUUGGUAAGACGACAGCCGUUGCUCGACAAUUCGACGGACAAACCGGAUGAAAGCAGAAAAUACUAUAAUUUUUUAGUUUAGCUGACCUUACUGUGUUAUCAUCCCCAUGCCAGUUCAAGGUCAUUAAUUUCGAUUCAAAAAGCCCAAACUCAGCUAAAAGUAGUUUGGAUAUAGGUAUUUAUGAAAGGAACAGCAGUAAGAGCAGCAGUUCACACAUUAGCAGCAAACGCAUGAAGGUGUACGACAUCAACAGAGGAAACGGCAGAGCCAGUAGCAAUGACGCGAUCUUUCGUAAAUACUUGGGGAAUAACAUAAUAUACACACAUGAUUUCAAUUUCAAAGGAAAGUCAACUCAAAUACAUAAAAACCAAAUAACGAAAUCAAUUAGAUGUAAAGACAUUGUGUCUGCUAAAAAAAUCGAACCACACAUAUGCCAUAAACAAAUUAAAUCAUACUAUUAAUCAAUGUAAUAUGUUACAGAAUAGGAGGAGAAGGAGUACCACGCAUUCGAUGGCCACUGGGAAACGUGCGAAAUUAACUAGCGAAAAUUCCACAACAGCAGCAAAUAUUGACUAUGAAAGCAAAUCCGCAACUGCGAAUGAAACAACAAUGAUUUCAAGCCGCGCCGUACGGCGUAGGUAUAAUAAGGUGCUCGUCCGACGGCAAAGAUUGAAAACCGUAACAGCGGAGCUGCCCGACAGUGAAGCAGAAGAGGCGCUCACUGCGACGUCUACUACUACAACUUUGCCUUUGCGAAAGAUCAUUGUCAUCAAACAACAGCGCCGGCGACCGGUAGCGAGGGCAGAACACAACCUGAAAAAUAGAACGGAUAAGGCAAAUGAUAGAAAAGUCUUGAGCGCGCAGAGUUCUGUAUUUCCGAGCAACUUGACAGCUAUCGAAAAACAUAAUGAUAGUAUUGGCAACGCAUCCGCAUCGCCAGUUGACAUAGGCCACACGACGACCCCAGUAAAAAGCAAUGUCCAGAGCCACGGCCGCAGCCGCGUGGUGAGAAAACGUAUACAUCGCAAGCUUCGUGUAUUUGAACUAACAGGCAUGGCUAAUCAAAGCGCCAUAUCAACAACAAAACCAACAGUGCAAGUUAAGCCACAGCUGGCAUUCACUGGAAUAGAAACUGGAAUAGAAACUGGAAUAGAAACUAAAGCUGCAACAGAAAUGGUGCCCAUAAUCCUCGACUUGCAAACAAGAACCAAAGAAAGUGUGCGCGAAAUGACACCAUCACGCACGCGGAAGAAACGGCGGCGCAAGAAACAGGGACGUUCGCGGAUGAGCUCACAGACCCAAAAUAAAUCAGACAAACGUGAAAUGCAAACAAUGAAUGACAAAGCGUCAUCACCAAUUUCACUGUCUAUUGCACCAACUAAAGCCCUACCAGCAAUUUCAAAUGUUUUAUCAAAUGCCAUGCGCUCGAUGAGCAAAAUCUAUGCCACGGUUCCAGCAUCGGUAAUUAGUAGUAGCGACGCUGAAAUUCAAGCAACGCCAGCACUCGAAACCCAAACAUACAUUAAAUACGAAGUCGCUACCAACGUGCAGUAUGUGACAAACGUACGUGCACGCACCUAUACAUAUGUUGUUGAUCGCGUGCACGAACAACAACAUCACGUCGAAUCUUCCACUCUGGUCCGCAUGCAAACGCAGAUCGUACCGAUUACAA